AUAUAUCUUCCACGAACAUCAAACAACUUAAGAUAUCUUUGCAGAGCAUACUUCCAACAAAGAAACCGCACGAAAGCUGAUAAGCCAAAAUGAGUCGUGGAUAUCGAGGCGACACCUGGAGGGAGGAUGAUCGUUUGCCUGAAGGCAUGCGCCACGUCGGCUACGAUGCGGAUACCGAACAACAUCAUUAUCAAGAUCGGGAUGGUAGCUAUUGGGAGUCGGAGCCGGGAGCUCGACAUGGAGUGUUGCAUCGGAGUGGUACGAAUUACGAGCUCUCAACCGUAACGCCUGAGCAAGAACGCAAAAUGGAGAGACAGUCCUGGCAGUACCUGCUCCCAUUACUUUUCCCACUCGCGGUGUUACUUUAUCUCUACCAGUUUUUGGGGUCCAAUUCGUCGUCGCCAGAACCAAUGCAGUGUGGAGAGAAUUCUGUCGUUUAUUCAGUUAAGCCGGAUGAAUCGUGCUGGGCUAUUGCGAGCGAGCGUGGUGUUACGGUAGCGGACUUGAUGAAGUUGAAUCCGCAUAUGGAUUGUGAGGUAUUGAAAGUUGGUGAGAUGAUUUGCGUCCCAUCUGUCGAGUAACGUUUCAAUGCUGCAUUUAUUGUAUCAACAUUUUCGAGAAGUUCAAUAGCGGAAUCUCAAAUGACCAAC